AUGUCCGCCGACGUCGAGAUGUUACCCCCCCGCCAAAAUUCAGAGGCGGCGGCGUCAAGUUCGCGCGACUCGCCACCUCAUCAAUCGCUGUCUCCUAUCGACCCCGACAACGACGCCUCCCGCCUCGCUCGACUCACCAUCGGCAGCGAGCCUUCUGGCGAACCAUCCAACGGCCUCAUCACCACCGACGACGUCGACGGCGCUCCAAAAUCGACCAAGUCGAAGCCGCUGUCGACAGCGACCGCGCCCGCAGCGGGCAAGUCCGCGCUAGGUGCCGCGGGCGCUAAACCCAAGUCUUCCAAGUCCAACCUUGCCCGUUCCCCGUCCCCAUCUCCGCCCCCUCCCGCACGCCCUCCCCUUCAAACUAUUCGCCUCGACAUCAAGCUCGGCGGCCCAGACGACUACGAGGUCGACAUCUCGUCCCUCAGCAAGACCACUGGCCAACGCCCGCCUACCCCCGUGCCCGCACCGAAGAGGGACAUCAGCGACGACAGCCACAGCGAAGGCGACGACGAGGGCGACGGCAAGAACGAUAAGAAGAAACGCAAGAAGAAGAACCUCGGCCAGGAGUAUUACGACACCAAUGAUCCCUUCAUCGACGAUUCGGAACUCGCCCAGGAUGAGCGCACCUACUUCGCACAGACGAAGCAGAAGGGCUUCUACGUUUCCAGUGGACAGGUAGCCCUCGUGAAUAAGACACCGAAGAAGCCGAAAUCUAAGAAACCGAACAUCAUGGCACCCUCUGCCUCCGUCUCCGCGGCGCUCUCCUCCGCGUCUCUCCCUCCCUCACUCGUCGGACCGCUGGCGGGACCGUCGACGCUGAGACCUCCUUCCCCGUCUGCAAAGAAGGCCAAGAAGGAGGACGGCACGCGCGACUCGCCCAUCGCACUCUACUCUGACGCGGAGGACGAACACCACACCCAAGGUUUGAAGCGGAAGUCGAGCGCUUCCGAGACUAUUCUGACAAGUCUGAGCGGCGCUGACCAUGCCGAGGGCGGUUCCAAGAAGAAACGGAAGACGGUGGAAAUUCAACCGUUCCAUCCUGAGCUCGAGAAGGCUCUGGACCAGCUCAGGGAGGCAAUUGCGAAGGAGACUUGGGAAGUCAAAGGCAAGUUCCCACCAAGUCUCAAGCCGUUAUUGGCGCAGGUCGCGCUCCAGGCGAUCAUCCUCGGCGAGUACGACGAUAACUUCUUCAACCUCAUGCCGCGGCUCUUCCCAUACAACAAGUUCACUAUGACCAAACUAAUCAAACGAACCGUGUGGAGAGAACACACGAACCUUCUCAUCGAGCGCCAGAAUGUGCUCUUGCAGGAGCUGAAGGCCCUUGCAGACGAGGGAUUCCCGAAGGCGAAGGAGGAAUACGACAGGAGUGUUCUUUCAUGGGAAAAGCGGCAAGAGCGCGCUAAAGCCGAAGCGGAGGCGGGUGGGCACUCGGUCGAGGGCACGCCUGCGGCGUCGGAUAGCCAGCCCACUCCCAAGAUUCCGGGAUCGGCCCUGGCGCAACGUCCAUCUGUCGAGGAUGCAGACCAUGAGAACGGUGAGCACGAGGAGCAUGCCGGGACCGGAAAGGGGAAGGAUAGGGAGCCCCAUCCGCCUGCGAAGAGGUAUCGGCUUACGGACACGAUGAAGGCCCUUAUAUGGCAGCUCGUCUGCCUCAGUAAUGAGUGUUGUAGGAUCGAGAAUGAGAAGAACAACCUGGAAGGCAACAACCAAGUGGUGAGCGAUCAGGGUGUGCGGAAGACGUUGUACCAAAAGAUUGUUGCUGCGUUUCCCGAAGGCUGGUUGUCAUCGGGCCAGAUCUCUCGCGACGUGAGUGUUAUGAAGAAGAAGUACGAAAAGGAAGUUUUGGAGAAUGAGGCAUGA